GAGGGGAACUCCGGAGAGAAGGCGCGCGCUCCUGGAGGGGCAACCUGGGGACCCCCGGCUGCCGCCGCCUCCUGCCAGCGCGGAACUCCAGCCCAGCCGGCGAGAGAUGCAUCUACGCUCCUUCCCGGAGACUUGGCUCUGGGAAGAUCCGGGCUGCACUCCCGCCGGACGCACAGCCUCUCGCCCGGGCAUGAAACGCCCGUAAACUCCGGUUGGGGCUAUCUCCUUGGCGCAGCCUCUGCGUCCGUCUGCGGCCGCCCCUCCCAGGCGAAGGGGGGCAGCGUCGAUUUCGGAGUCGGGGUUUCGGCCGCCUCCAGCCCUGUUUGCAUGCGCGGGGCCGCCGCGAGGAGCCUCCGCCCCUCACCGGGUGGUUUUUCGGCGCCUCCCUCUGCUCGGCAGCAGUGGCGGUGGCAGCAUGGCGAGCCCUCCGGAGACCGAUGGCUUCUCGGACGUGCGCAAGGUGGGCUACCUGCGCAAACCGAAGAGCAUGCACAAGCGCUUCUUCGUACUGCGGGCGGCCAGUGAGGCAGGGGGCCCCGCGCGCCUGGAGUACUACGAGAAUGAGAAGAAGUGGCGGCACAAGUCGAGCGCCCCCAAACGCUCGAUCCCCCUCGAGAGCUGCUUCAACAUCAACAAGCGCGCAGACUCCAAGAACAAGCACCUGGUGGCCCUCUACACCCGGGACGAGCACUUCGCUAUCGCCGCGGACAGCGAGGCCGAGCAGGACAGCUGGUACCAGGCCCUCCUGCAGCUGCACAACCGUGCCAAGGCCCACCACGACGGGUCUGCGGCCCCCGGGGCGGGAGGUGGCGGGGGCAGCUGUAGUGGCAGCUCUGGCCUUGGCGAGGCUGGGGAGGACUUGAGCUACGGGGACCAGCCCCCAGGACCCGCGUUCAAAGAGGUCUGGCAGGUGAUCCUGAAACCCAAGGGCUUGGGUCAGACAAAGAAUCUGAUUGGUAUCUACCGCCUCUGCCUGACCAGCAAGACCAUCAGCUUCGUGAAGCUGAACUCAGAUGCCGCGGCCGUGGUGCUGCAGCUGAUGAACAUCCGGCGCUGUGGCCACUCAGAGAACUUCUUCUUCAUCGAAGUGGGGCGCUCCGCAGUGACUGGACCCGGGGAGUUCUGGAUGCAGGUGGAUGACUCGGUGGUGGCCCAGAACAUGCACGAGACAAUCCUGGAGGCCAUGAGGGCCAUGAGCGACGAGUUCCGGCCUCGCAGCAAGAGCCAGUCUUCCUCCAACUGCUCCAACCCCAUCAGUGUCCCCCUGCGCCGGCACCACCUCAACAACCCUCCGCCCAGCCAGGUGGGGCUGACCCGCCGCUCACGCACCGAGAGCAUCACGGCCACCUCUCCAGCGAGCAUGGUGGGCAGCAAGCAGGGCUCCUUCCGUGUCCGCGCCUCCAGCGACGGUGAAGGCACCAUGUCCCGCCCAGCUUCAGUGGACGGCAGCCCUGUGAGUCCGAGCACCAACAGGACCCACGCCCACCGGCAUCGGGGCAGCUCCCGGCUGCACCCCCCACUCAACCACAGCCGCUCCAUCCCCAUGCCUUCCUCUCGCUGCUCGCCUUCGGCCACCAGCCCAGUCAGUCUGUCCUCGAGCAGCACCAGUGGCCACGGCUCCACCUCUGACUGUCUUUUCCCGCGGAGAUCUAGUGCCUCUGUGUCCGGUUCCCCCAGUGAUGGCGGCUUCAUCUCCUCCGAUGAGUAUGGCUCCAGUCCCUGCGAUUUUCGAAGUUCCUUCCGCAGUGUCACCCCGGAUUCCCUGGGCCACACCCCGCCAGCCCGCGGAGAGGAGGAGCUGAGCAACUACAUCUGCAUGGGAGGCAAGGGGGCCUCCACUCUCACCGCCCCCAACGGUCACUACAUUUUGCCUCGGGGUGGCAACGGUCACCGCCACCUCCCAGGCGCUGGCUUGGGCACGAGUCCGGCCCUGGCUGGGGAUGAAGCAGCCAGCGCUGCAGAUCUGGAGAAUCGGUUUCGAAAGCGGACUCACUCUGCUGGCACAUCCCCCACUAUUUCCCAUCAGAAGACCUCAUCGCAGUCCUCCGUGGCUUCCAUUGAGGAGUAUACAGAGAUGAUGCCUGCCUACCCACCAGGAGGUGGCAGUGGAGGCCGGCUGCCCGGCUCCCGGCACUCCGCCUUCGUGCCCACGCAGUCCUACCCUGAGGAGGGUCUGGAAAUGCACGCCUUGGAGCGUCGCGGAGGCCACGGCCGCCCCGACACCUCCACCCUCCACACUGAUGAUGGCUACAUGCCCAUGUCCCCAGGGGUGGCCCCAGUGCCCAGCAGCCGGAAAGGCAGCGGGGACUACAUGCCCAUGAGUCCCAAGAGUGUGUCUGCCCCACAGCAGAUCAUCAACCCCAUCAGACGCCAUCCCCAGAGAGUGGACCCCAAUGGCUACAUGAUGAUGUCCCCGAGCGGCAGCUGCUCCCCUGACACUGGGGGCGUGCCCAGCGGCAGCAACAGUGCCGCCCCUUCUGGGAGUAGCUAUGGGAAAAUGUGGACAAAUGGGGUCGGGGGCCAUCACUCUCACGCCCUGCCACACCCCAAACUGCCCGUGGAGAGUAGCGGUAGCAAGCUCUUGUCUUGUACAGGUGACUACAUGAACAUGUCGCCGGUGGGGGACUCCAACACCAGCAGCCCCUCUGACUGCUACUACGGCCCUGAGGACCCCCAGCACAAGCCAGUUCUCUCCUACUACUCAUUGCCAAGGUCCUUUAAGCACACCCAGCGCCCGGGGGACCUGGAGGAGGCCGCCCGGCACCAGCACCUCCGCCUUUCCUCCAGCUCGGGUCGCCUUCUCUAUGCUGCAGCCACCGAAGACUCCUCUUCCUCAACCAGCAGCGACAGCCUGGGCGGGGGAUACUGUGGGGUGAGGCCGGAGCCCGGCGUCCCCCAUCACCUCCACCAUCAGGUCCUGCAGCCCCAUCUGCCUCGAAAGGUGGAUACAGCUGCGCAGACCCAUAGCCGCCUGGCUCGGCCCACGAGGCUGUCCCUGGGGGACCCCAAGGCCAGCACCUUACCUCGGGCACGAGAGCAGCAGCAGCCGGCCCUGCUGCACCCUCCGGAGCCCAAGAGCCCGGGGGAAUAUGUGAAUAUUGAGUUUGGGAGCGAUCAGCCCAGCUACUUGUCUGGGCCCAUGGCGCCCCAUAGCUCGCCUUCUCUCAGGUGUCCAUCCCAACUCCACCCCGCUCCCAGGGAGGAAGAGACGGGCACCGAAGAGUACAUGAACAUGGACCUGGGGCCCGGCCGGAGGGCCGCCUGGCAGGAGAGCCCUGGGGGCCAGCCGAGCAGAGUGGGCCCUGCCCCUCCGGGCACUGCUAGCGUGUGCAGGCCCACCCGGGCCGUGCCUAGCACCCGGGGUGACUACAUGACCAUGCAGCUGGGUUGUCCCCAUCAGAGCUACGUGGACACCUCUCCAGUUGCCCCUGUCAGCUAUGCUGAAAUUCGGACGGGCGUUGUGGAGGAGGCGAGCCUUCCCGGGGCCACGGCGGCUGCACCCUCCUCAUCCUCAGCAGCCUCUGCUUCCCCUACUGCGCCUCAAGGAACAGGGGAGUUGGUGGCCCGCUCUUCCCUGCUGGGGGCCCCGCAGGGACCCGGGGGCGUGAGUGCCUUCACCCGGGUGAACCUCAGCCCCAACGGCAACCAGAGUGCCAAAGUGAUCCGCGCAGACCCGCAAGGGUGCCGGAGGCGGCAUAGCUCAGAGACCUUCUCCUCGACACCUAGCACCCCCCGGGCAGGCAACUCAGCGCCCACCACCGGGGGUGCUGCAGGAGGGGGCGGCAGUGGUGGCGUCGGCAGCACUGAGGAGGUGAAACGUCACAGCUCUGCUUCCUUUGAGAACGUGUGGCUGAGACCUGGGGAGCUCGGAGGAGCCCCAAAGGAGGAACCCGCUCAAGUGUGUGGGGCUGCUGGGGGAUUGGAGAAUGGUCUGAACUACAUAGACCUGGAUUUGGUCAAGGACUUCAAGCAGCGCCCCCCUCAAGCGCAGCCUCCCGCCCCCCCGCCCCCUCAUCAGCCUCUGGGCAGCGGUGAGAGCAGCUCCACCAGCCGCUCCAGCGAGGAUUUAAGCGCCUAUGCCAGCAUCAGUUUCCAGAAGCAGCCAGAGGACCUCCAGUAGCUCAACUGGACAUCACAGCAGAAUGAAGACCUAAAUGACCUCAGCAAAUCUUCCUCUAACUCAUGGGUACCCAGACUCUAACUAUUUCAUGAUUCACAACCAGGACCUCACAGCUUCCUCCUCAGUAGAUG